AUGUCAAAUGUCGAGGAGAGAAUUCGAUGCAUGGAAGAGAUGCUCCAAAAGCUCGUGAUUGUAGUGGACAAGCAUCUGCCCCGGCCCAGGCACCCGUCCGCCAAAUCGCGCAAGCAAAGCCAGUCGCCCUGGAAUACGAUCCGGCCCAUGAUUGAAGCGCUAGUGAAGGAUAUCAAGUAUGUCAAAGCAGUUGUCGAAGGAUCAGAUGUCAAUACGGGUCACGAUCGAAACACAGGAGCCCAUAACCGAAACAUGCCUCCGGAAGCUGCAUUACAGAUCUUGACUCCACCGCAUGAGAGACAGCAACUUGGGGAACCCUCUGCAGACACCGCAGCACCAACCACUGUUCCAACUACUGUUCAUACCACUGUCGAAGCCCCAGAAGUCGAAGAAAAUACUACAGUAGACGUAACUAUGCCACGCCGUUUGCGCGAACCUGUCUCGUCGACCAUGCCUCCAUCCGAUGCUUCAACAUACAGCGUAUCUGAAAUUCCUCGGAAUCCUGGCACCAUCGUCCCUUAUCGAGAGGAGCACGGCAUUGUCGUUCUGAUGCCAUUGGACAUGGAUCAGUGUCGCGACACCCGCUUUCUUCUCUCGCAGGCUGAGAUGCUUGGUGCGCGGCAAACGGGAAUAUUCAAGUACGUACUGCCAGGUGAUUUUGAUUUCAGCGCAGAGGCUGCCCACAGCGUUACGACAUGUGUCUCCAGCUUUACGUCUGGUCUCGGUCAGGACGGCAUUUUUUGUAUUUCGCGGCAAGAGAAACUGGAGACGCUGGACAUUAGCCAUACCAGAACUAUACCCACAGAGCCAGAUGAAUUGGCCGAGAUGUUGGAGCGUCGUCUUGCCGACCCGGAAGCCGUGAGCAAGAUGCGCUACUGUACGGAUACUCCAGCCUGGACGGCCGAAGAUCGACGACGGCUGGGCUUACCUGCGGAGUCCCUAAUCUGGCCCUUGAAGGAUAACCUAUUGGAUCACACAAAGUAUAUCGUUGACGGGCUCCAUCGGCCGUAUGGAUAUUUGUCAGGCGAGGACGGGUCUGUCUUCACCAUACAUCGUGAGGACGCAAACUUAAUAUCGUUAAAUGCCCUAUACAGUGGAAAAGAAAAAUCCUGGUGUGCCGUGGCUCAGAAAGAUGGCUACCUCGUCGAGAAUGCAGUGAAAGGUGGGAAAUGCGCGCAGAGAGUACGACACGCCUCUCGCUGGAUCCCGCGGUCGAAGCUCAAGGCCAUGGGGGCUUCCUUUGUCACAUUCGUUCAACGUCCGGGCGAGGUCGUCCUGGUGUGGGGAGAUAUCUACCACCAAGGAGGCACCGUUGGUCCGACCACCGCCGAAGCCGUGAACUAUGGCGGCCCCGAGUGGAGUAUCAAGGGCUACUCCGAUUGCAGCCGCACUUGUCCCGGACCCCCCAUUUCGAACGCGAUCUUGGAGUUCCGUAGCCCAAAUGAACUACAGCGCGAACAAGAUGACGCGGUCUCCACGGGAUCUUAUAGCUCGGUCCAGUCCCAAGGACACAAGCAGCUAGCUAGAAACCGUCGACCAGCUCCGACCCGGAGCGGUGAGACGGCGAGGACAGAAUUUGGGAUCGACAAGCAAGGAAAGGGACCCCGAAAGAGGCACGGAGACGUGCAGACCGCGCAGCAGUCCAGAAAAAAGGCCAAGGUUCGGACCACACCCAGUCCAGCCGACACGAUCAUGAAUGAAACCAAGGAUGUCACCGAUCUUGUCUCACGGAUGGUGGCGGCUAUUCAGAGUAGAGAUGCAAUCAAGCAGUUCUUCGAUAUCGUCCAGGGUCGUCGAGACACCGAACCAGGAUUCAGAAUGAAUUCCAUCACAAGUCCUUCCAAAAGACAAAUCCAAAGCGAAGAUCCUACCCGAAUGGUCGAGAACGAUAUGAAUGUCAUCAGCAUGCUCUCUUGCAAGACAGCCUUUCAUGGCUUUCUUACUCGGUUAUUUCAAGUCCGUCUUGCCGAUCAUGUCGACAAGCUCAAGGGUGACCGUCUGAGGAGUGAGACAGCCGUCAUUGCGGACAUCCUUCGGCGUACGGGGAUGUCGAAUCGCCAGUACUUAUACCACCGAGAGAAGGGCGAGAAGUGGCGGAAAUAUCACAAGGCCUUUCCCGGUAUCCUUUGCUUCAUCCCCGUUGGAAAUCGACGAUCUGGCUUUUCUUCAAGCUCCUGGCUUGACCUCAACGAAAGAAUAUUUGCCUUCCUAUGUUCUCGUCUAGACGACGAGCACACGUCUGCUCUCUGCGUCGCGGGGAGAGCAUUCGAACAUUCAUUAGACCCAACAGCAGACGAUGUUGAUUUCAUCUGGGAGAGUCAGAAUGUAUCUCUGGAUAGAAUUUCGAAGGCAAAGUUGCUCUCUACUCUAGAGCUCUUCCCAGCAAAGCACGAAAACGUCUAUGAUCCUAAUGCGUACCCAGAUUGGCCCAGACCAGACGAAUGGCCCGACGAUUCGCCGUGGCCGGUUGAUCCAACGUCUCUGCCUCCUUCUGGUGGGGUUGAGUGCAAGGUGUGUCAUCGGAGUAAUUGCCCGUGCGAAUUGUGCCACAGGGGAGAUUGCCAGUGCGCUGCCAUCCGUCACAAGACACAGCCUCGCAUCCGGGACUAUACCCGUAAAUAUCAGGACAAGAACCGAGGCUUGCAAGCCGUCGCGUGGGAAGCGGGCCAAAUCGUGUAUUCGGAGGGCGAUAUUAUCGACUUCAUCACCGGCGAAUUAUCGCCUCCCGAUAUGUACGCCAACGGUCGAUGUAUACAAGUGGACCGGAGCGAUAUUCUUGGCGAGCCUACAGUCGCCCAGAUAAACUGUGCUAAGUGCGGCAGUGUCUACAGGUUGGCUAAUAGCAGCUGUGAUCCAUCGGCCCGCUUCAGAGGGAUGAGGGUAUCGGGGAAGUUUAGGAUUGCAAUCGUUGCUGCCCGAAAUAUCUUUGACGGGGAAGAGAUCACGGUCUACUACGGCAAAAGAUAUUGGGGAAGGGCAAAAUGUCGAUGUCCUGUAUGCCGAGCCCGUCUACUCUAG